AAGAGAGCUAGAUGGCGUGAGUGAGCGAGAGAGGGGGAAGGAAGGAGGGAGAGGAGACGAGACGAGAGGAGGGCACGCAGUAAACGACAGCGAGUAACGGAGACGUAAGCUGUCAGUGUCCUGAGCUGCACACAGAUCUCAUUAAAGGAUGUAUCGACCAUCGCAGCACAGUGUGUGUGGAGCCUGACAUUCCUCGCAGGGCUGUGUGUGUCCCUCCUGUUUUCUGACCAUUAUCACUGCGUGUGUUUGGACAUUUCACCCCCCUCCAACCCCCACCCCCCCACUUCCUGAGGCCUGUCGCCACGACAACCAUGGACUGCGGAUUGCGUCUGCCGCCCGUCAUUGAGGAGGUCUUGGAUCCUGCAGACGAUGUGUGUGACUUGAAAGUGGAGCGGCCGGGUAUAGGCAGUGAAAUGACGGCCAAAGAGCGAGGGUCACUGGAGGAGAAUGAGGAGAGAGACCUGGAGGAGGUGGAGGCCGGAAAUGGAGAGAAGGGGCAGGAGGAUGAGCCGGAGAAGAAGGAGGUGAAGGAGGAGACGGUGGACGAGGAGGAGGAACGAAGAGGAGCGGAUGAGGAAGAUGAGCUGGAGGUGCUGAGGUCACAGGUGGUGCAGCUGCUUUUGGAGCUGGAGGAGACCAGAGAGGUGUCCCAACGACACGAGGAGAGCUACAACGAGCUGCAGGGUCUUUUGGAGGAAGAGCGGCUGGCAAGCGCCCACCAGGCCGAGACCUUUACGAGACAGAUCCAGAGACUUCAAGGCCAGCUGCGCUCAGUGCAGGAGGAGCUGGACAGCCUUGAGGAGGAGAAGGCCAGCGAGCUGUGGGAGGCUCAAGAGGAGCUGCGUGUGGCACAGGAGGAAGUGCAGGAGCUUCAGCAGGCGGCGGAGGAGGCGGCAGCCGAGCGGGAGAAUGACAUCGCCCUGCUCCAGGAGGAACUGUGCCGUGUGCGUGCCGAGUUGGAGCGUCUGCACGGCACCACGCAGGAGUACGAGCUGGAGCUGACCACGCUGCGGGCCGAAAUCAGCAUGAAGAACCAGCGCAGAACAGGAGGAGAAGGUGACAUGGACCAACUGAUUGAGGAGUGUUGCUCCUUGAAGGACGAGUGUCAGACUCUGAAGAAUGGCAACAAGCAGCUUUCUGAGAAACUGGAGAUGCUGGAGCAGCAGCGAGCCAGCUCAGCUGAUUCAUGCCUGGCCCUGAAAGCAGAGCAGAACCAUGGAGAAAAUGACACAGAAAAGGAGGUGAAGGCUGAGGGAUUUGUCAGCACAUUGGAGGUAGAAGGUGGGAACUGGGUGGACGCUUACACUCAGAAGAACAUCUCGUUUGAGGGGAAGCCCGCCACCCCGACAGGCAGGAGUGGAGGCUUCUCAGAGGUGUUUUCCCUCCGAGACCAGCUGAAACAGGCCGAGGAGAGAGCAUCACAGGUCCAGAGAGAGUGUGAGGGAAUAAAAGGAGAGCUUGUGGAACUGCAGGGGCUGUACGAGGGCAGCCAGAGGGAGAGGGCGGAGCUAGAGGCGGAGCUACAGCGCUGUAGGGCGGAGCUUGAUCGGCUGGCCGGGAGGAAGGCUCAGAGCUCCACUCCUUCGUCUGAGUGCCCUAUUCUCUCCAUACCCUUCAUAGGAAUGGUUGUAAUAAUGGGCCUGAUAUGGUGCUGCUGGAAGGAGCUCUUGUCCUAAAGGGGGAAAGGAUAACGAGGGAGACUGGAACCUGGUGAUGCUUGUUGCUGUGGCAGCAGCAGCAGUUCUACUCAUUCCCAGUUUCACCAGAGCUCUGGCCUGAGGGCUGGACAGGAAGUGACCUCAUCAUCUCACUCUGCCCAUGGUACACAACUCUAUCACCCCGACCACAUUUAACCAACAAAUGUGACCUGAAACCAUUACUCACCUGGGUCAUACGGGAACACAACUUGAUGCUUUUUGAUGUGUAUUGUGAUGCUGGUUGUUCGCCGCCUCAACUGCUUUGCUCUGCUUUUGUAGACAGUCAUAUCCGCUUCGACCAGUAGUGCUACAGACACUGAUGCCAUGCCGUGGGUAUUUAAAAGGUCCGAAUGGAGGAGCUUCUGAUUGGUCUAGCUCCCCGCUUUCCAUUUCAUGAGUUGUUUUCUUUCCUUAAUGGACAAUUGCAAAGGUCCUCUCGAAACAAUUUGCCUUAUCACUUUUAGAUAGAACAUUUGCACAAUUUACCUCUUUGUUGGCUAUCAAAAACAAACAGAUCUCUUGGGGACUGAAGAGGAUGCCGUCCUUCAUCAACAACGCUUUGGAUGCAGCAUAUUGCGUUGUGCUUCAUUGCUUUUUGAUUAGGUAGAAGCAUGCAGUAUUUAUUUAAUCUUCCUGGAUCUUCCCAUUUAAUGGUUUGUGUUUAGAUUCAAUAUCUGAGAACUUCUUUCACUUUCAUCCAUGGCAUGUUUAUAACUCAAAAACUCUGUAGGUAACUGUACAGCGUAUCUAUAUGCUCAUUUUACAUUCAUUUUGGUGAAAAAAAAGGAAGAUUCCAGGUGAGUUAAGGUUAUUCCAACAGGUAAACAUGCUUAUUUUAAACUUUCCACAGAUAUUUUUGUAUCUGAAUUGUUUAUUCCAACACAUGAAAUGUAUAGAUUAAUUUUGUGAGUGUAGAUUGAUAAAUGAUGCUAAAGAGUGAUAGAUAUUUUUAUACAAGGGUUGACUAAUCACUAAAUUGACACUAAAAGAACUCUGAGAUGAGUAUAAUUAACAAGCACAUAUCUACUGUAACUCCACUGAUGUCGCAUUGAUGAUUUCAUCUGAGGUUCUUUGCUCUCUCUCUCUUUUUUUUUUGCAUGUUAGCAAUGCAAAACACAGCUGUCAUAUUUUCUCUCCAAAGAAACUGAGGCAAAGUACAGAGUUGGAACUGAAGGUUAUUACAGAAAGUACAAAAUGUCAUAAACAAGUGGUUCUCAAUUGGCCUUUUGGGACCCAAAAAUAAGUCGCAGGUAUAUUUUCAAAGUGUCAGCAGGGAAAAACAGUCCGACGGUUAAAAUAAUGUAGCAAAAUAUAAAAAAAGC